AUGACGGCUUUAUCACGUGAUUGGUUUUUCACAGAUAACCAGAAUAAUACCGGACUGGAAGCACGCAUACCGGAAGCACCGUUAUUACAUUAUAACGUCUCGCAGGUUAACAUUCUCAAUGCCCCGUAUGAUUCCUUAUCACUGGCUCAACUCUCACUGGACGAACGAAUAGAACUGGAGAAGUACGUUUGGCACUGGUAUCCAUGGCGUCGAAUCAACUAUAAGGUACUGGAGGAUGGCCGAAAAGUGGAACUGUUCUGCGACGAAGGAUCUGCUAUAGACAACUUGCCGGAUGAUAUUUUCACACAGGAGCAGCGGUUACAGGGAGCAAUUGUUCUUCAUUUCAUUGGUGCUAUUUACUUCUUCUGCAUCCUGGCUUACGUGGUGAGCGAGUACUUUCUACCGUCAAUCGAGUGUAUCUGCGAAGAUUUAAAGCUUACACAGGAUGUCGCCGCAGCAACCUUCAUGGCUAUUGCUGGAAGUAUUCCGGAUUUCUUCACAAACACGAUCAGUACGUUCAUAGCGGACUCCGAUAUGGGUCUGGGCACCGUCGUUGGAUCCCUGCUUUUCAACACGUUGGGUUGUGCUGCCUUGGCUGGCUUGGCCACUAGAAAACCUGUUCAACUCGAUUGGUGGCCCUUAACACGAGAUUCCUUGGUGUUUGCGAUGAACGUUGCAUUAUUGACUGCAUUUGCAUGGGACGGUCGUAUUUAUUGGUGGGAAGCCAUGAUUUUUGUAAUUCUGCUUGCCGUUUACUUCAUAAUCAUGUUUCAAAAUAGACCAAUAAUGAAUUUUUUCAAAAAAUAUAUCGAAGUCAAGUGGAAUUUGUGUGCACGAGUAGUUAACGAGAUUGAGAAAUGCGAACGAGCUGAAGCAGAAGAAGCAGCGCGAUGUGGUCAGAGUGUCACUGGAGACAAGCCGGUUACCGAAGCACCCAGAAAGACCCUCGAGAAGCCAGGUACUCGGAUGUCAACAGCGUCUGUCCUAUCCGAUCAAAUGGCUGAAACACCAUUGAAAGUUGGAGAAUUGCAUAUACCAUCUCGACAUACAGUGGCAGUUCCAGAUGAGUAUCCACCCAUGACCCUUUGGAAAGUUUCUCGUGAAACUUGGUUGCGCGGCUUCUGGUGGUUCUUCAGUUGGCCAAUUCGUUUCGUCCUGAUGUUUAUUGUGCCUAACCCGGUUACCAUGCGGCGUUGGUAUCCGUUGACAUUCGUUAUGUGUAUAAUAUUGAUCGGAUGUUGUUCGUUUUUUACGUUCUGGAUGAUAUCGAUUAUUGGAUAUACCUUGGGAAUUCCAGAUAUUGUCAUGGGACUGACGUUCUUAGCCAUGGGCGGUUGCAUGCCGGAAGCUCUAUCCGCAGUGGUUGUCAUAAGAUCCGGUAAUGGCUCAAUGGGCGUUUCUAAUGCCUUGGGUGCUAACUCAUUAGCGGUCCUGUUUUCGUUGGGCAUGCCUUGGUUUAUUCGGACGGUAGCUGAUGGUGGCGCUUCAACCAAUGCGUAUUAUGUGAUCGCGUCCUAUGGAAUGCAGUAUUCGAUAGUUUCGUUGCUUUUCGCAAUUGCGUUUCUCUACAUUACAAUUUACAUCGCAAUAUUUAAAUUGCGGAAGCGAGUUGGCGUUAUAUUGAUUUUUUUCUACGCCUUGUUGGUGGCAUUCAUGUUAUUGAAUGAACUUGACGUCUUCUUCCAUUCAGGUGAACAAUGUUGA